UGUCAGGACUCAGGACAGGAAGUAGGAUGGUGAGGGAGGGAGGUGGUUGUCUGGGACUCCCAGGGAUGUUACGAGUUUUCUUGUUGGGGACUUGUGCUCUUACGGUCCUGAGCUCUGCAGGCUUGGUGUUCCUUCUGGUGCAACACAUGAACCUGUCAGCCCACCUGGCCCGGUUGGAUCUACAGCUCCAGGUGCUCUCAGAGACUUCUGGCGCCGUGCUGCAUCAUUCUACAGCAGUAUCCCUCCGGGCCAGCAGGGACCCUGGAGAGGAGACUGAUAGGUUGCAGGUGCUCUCAGAGGAAUCUGGGUUGCAGACAUCACCCCACAGGACGAGCAGGGACCCCGGAGAGGAAGCUUCCCACAGGACGAGCGGGGAAGACCCAGGCAGAGAGGAGGCAGAAAGGGAGCUGCAGCAUGGCCGACCCCGCAAUAAGAGGAGCCAGGCUGGGAAACACAAGACUAAGCGACAGCAGAAACGUGACGACAGGGACAUGAUGAUAAUGAUGACAUACUCUAUGGUCCCGAUCAAGGUCCUGUUGGAACUAUGUAACAGCACAAAAUACAUGUGUUUAACAGGCUCACCAGGACCUCCAGGCACUCCGGGUGUGGAUGGGAAGCCAGGAGUCAAUGCUACGGAAGGCAUAUCAGGACCACCUGGACCUGCAGGGAGACGUGGGAAAAAGGGCCUCCGGGUCCAAGGGGUCCUCCUGGCCCUGCCGGUCCCCUGGUCUACCUGGCCCCCAGCGACCUUAGAGGACCCAGAACCCUCUAGAAAUAGGACCAUGAGAGCACAGUUGUUAGAGAACACCUGUUUCCAUCAAGACAACAUGUCUGACUCUCUGGGUACAGAGAAUGCAGCCACAAGCAGCGACACCUUAAAUGUAACCAACGCAGAGACUGUUAAUAGAACCAUCAGGGCACAAGCCAACAUGUCUUCGGAGUCAGUGAAUAUGGCUUCAAGUAAUGACAUGAAUGUAACUGACACCGAGAACGAGGAAUCAAAUAACCGACAAAUGACAUACAUCGAGAUUGUGGAAGAAGGACCUUGGAACGCAAGUGAGAUUGUGGAAGAAGGACCUUUGAACCCAACCGAGAUUGUGGAAGAAGGACCUUUGAACCCAACCGAGAUUGUGGAAGACGGACCUUUGAACCCAACCGAGAUUGUGGAAGAAGGACCUUUGAACACAACUGACAGCGAGAUUGUGGAAGAAGGGACCUUUGAACACAACCAAGAUUGUGGAAGACGGACCUUUGAACCCAACCGAGAUUGUGGAAGACGGACAUUUGAACGCAACUGA